CACCUCCGCUCCGCUCCUCCUGCCUGCCUGCGCCCGGUCCACCGCCUGCCUCGCUGACCCGCGGGCCUCCUCGCCGCCUCCUCCUCCUUGCCCUUGCCCACGCCGCGACGGCAGCCAGACGACGACUCCCUCUCCCUCCUCCUUCCGAUCUCUCUCUCUCUCUUCCCCAUUUCCUAGCUCGGAUCCUCUGAUCCUCUCCUCUCCUCUCCUCUCCGAGGGUCUUGACUGUUCUUCAGGGAGCCCGCCCUUGUUAGUUGUUGUUAUUGCUCCCCCUGAAUCGCGGUCGUCGUCUUCUUCUUCCUGCUGAAUCUUUGUUAGGCCGCGCCGCUGCCGGUCUCGGAGCGGUUACUCUUGGAGUUGGAGCACGCCGGCUGCUGGCCGCAUGAACAGUGGAGGGAGGAGGAGGAGGAGGAGGGAGAGAACCUGCGCUUUUUGAUCUACCAAGUCGUCGUCUCCAAAAACACUUCCUUCUUUUGGUCUUUUCGCACAAAAGGGUCUCCUCCUUUUUCCUCCAUUCCUGGUCUCUCAACUCCGGAAUUACCUCUCUUUGCUGUGAUCUUUCUGUCUGAUCACUAAAUUAGCAAGCUUUGAGCUUCGCGGCGAUCUCUCUUUGUCCAAUUCAGUCUCUUUUGGUCAAGAGAGAUCCCCAUGUCGUCUUCGACACAAUUGGGCUCCAGUUCUUCCGCCUGAGGUGCAGAAUUUGGAGUUCUGUGUCGACCUGCUGCUGCUGCUGCCACCAUGGACGCCCUUCAUCCUGACGCCGACGCGGCGCCGUUGGCGGCGGCCGCGCCGCCGCAGAAGCGCGACGAGUGGAGCGAGAGCGGCAUUGUGCGGCUGCUGGAGGCGUACGAGGCCAAGUGGCUGCUGCGGAACCGCGCCAAGCUCAAGUGGAGCGACUGGGUCGACAUCGCUCAGGAGGUGUCCGCCCACUGCGCCAUGGAGAACAACGCCGCCGCCGCGGGGAAGCCCGGGAGCAACAGCGCCAAGACGCCCAACCAGUGCAAGAACAAGAUCGAGUCGAUGAAGAAGCGGUACAGGGCGGAGUCCGCCGCGGCGGCGCGUGCGGGCCCUGCCGCCGCCGGUGGCCCGUCGUGGCGGUUCUUCUCCCGCAUGGACGGGCUGCUCAAAGGGCCAGCCGGCUCCGGCCAGGUGUUAGGAGAGCUGAGCAACAGCGUAGACCUGCGAGCUCAUCCACCUGCAAAGCCAGAGGUCGAUGUCGAGGCAGAUUUUGUCAAUCAGUUGGCUGAUGCAGGUCCAGGUGCACUUUCUGAUUUGGUGAAUGCAUAUGCAAAUGGCUCAAUCCAAGAGAAAUCGGAGAAGGUUGAGAACAGCGGGCAGAUAGAGGGGAGAGCUGCCGAGAGUGAUGUAAAUGUGAGCUCUCCGAGGAUCAAGGAGGCCAACGACGACGCGGAGGAGGUGGACAAGGUCUGGGACAUGUCCAAGAAGAGGAAGAACACAGAGUUUGAUAUCGCAAAGAGCAUCGAAUUACUGGCUAGCUCAUUCUUGAAGAUUGAGCGGGCAAGAAUGGACCUUUACAGGGAAACAGAGAGGAUGAGGGUUGAGGCUGAGAUUAAGAAGGGUGAGAUGGAGCUCAAGAGGACAGAGAUUAUGGCAAAGACACACUUACAGAUUGCUAAGCUUUUUGCCAAGAGAUUGAAGGAGUGCAGCGGCAAGACUGGUGGUAGCUCGUCUGUAACAGCUGAAGUGGACAACCUUGCCAAGAAAGGAGAAAAUGGUUCAGGGUGAUUGGAGACGCCAACUGGUUGUCCAGAAAUCAGGCCUUUAGUUUUUGGUGUUUCUUGCGCACCAAAUGUAUGUCUUUUGAUUGAUCCAACUUCACCAUGUAUGAAGAGAUAGUUAGCUGUACAAUUAAGAUGCAAUAAAGCAUAUGAUUGUGUCCCCCUUCAGUGGGAUUAUAGAAGCAGUUUUAGAAUCAGUAACUAGCCUGAAGAAAGUUGUGGAGUUCCUUUUGUUGAUUUUUUUUUAACUGACAGCCAUCAUAUGUAUUAUUCUAUCUCAUUGCUGCAAAGUAUCUUCUGAAGCGAGAUCAAUCAUAAGAA